GGUGAGUGGGUUGUAAAGACUAAAGAUACAACCCUGUCCUAGAGAAUAUAUUAUAAAUAUAAGACCAAACCAUUUAGUAACAUCAAACCACUCUCUUCAAAAAAAUAAAAUACCAAACCAUUUAGUAACACAUUACUUACUUCUAAGGCAAUCUAAAUAAACCACUCUUAUCAAAACCAUAUAACAUAAAUCUCAUCUCAUUUCAUUUCAUUUUCUUAAGCCACAAGUCACAAUGGCAACAUUUACUCAAAAAAUGACAUUAAGUUAUAUUCUUCUAACAUAUUUUCUCUCUGCAGAUAUUGGAUUAUUUGUACAUGUAGCAUCAUUUGGAAUCAAUUAUGGACAAGUAGCUAACAAUUUGCCACCACCAGAAAAAGUCUUGGAACUUCUCGGCACAUUAAAGAUCACAAAAACAAGAAUCUACGACACGAAUCCAGAUAUUCUUAAAGCUUUCGCCAAUUCAAACGUCGAAAUCAUCGUAACAAUUGAAAAUCAAAUACUAAACCAAUUAAAUGAUCCACAGCAAGCACUACAAUGGGUAAACACCAAUAUCAAACCUUAUUUACCAGACACAAAAAUCACUGGAAUUCAAGUAGGGAAUGAAGUUUUCACCGAAAUCGACACAACACUAAUUCAAUAUCUUGUUCCAGCAGUGAUCAACAUUCACAAUGCUCUAGUUCAAUUAGGUUUAGAAUCAAACAUCCACGUGUCAACACCUAGUUCAUUAGAAGUUCUUGAAGAAUCAUAUCCUCCUUCAGCUGGUAGUUUCAGAAGUGAAAUUUCAGGAAUCAUGUAUCAAUUUUUGGAAUUUUUGUCAAAAACAAAAUCACCCUUUUGGAUUAAUGCUUAUCCUUAUUUUGCUUAUAAGAAUAACCCUAAUCAAAUAUCAUUAGAUUAUGUAUUAUUUAAUCAUAAUCAAGGAAUGAUUGAUCCUAAUACAAAUUUACAUUAUGAUAAUAUGCUAUAUGCUAUGGUAGAUGCAGUUACAUUUGCAAUUGGUAAAUUAGGGUUUAAUGGAAUAGAAGUUAGGGUUUCUGAAACUGGUUGGCCAAGUAAAGGUGAUUCUGAUGAAAUUGGUGCAUCAUUGGAAAAUGCUGAAAUAUAUAACAAGAAUUUGUUGAGAAGACAAAUGAAGAAUGAAGGGACACCUUUGAAUCCUAGAAUGAGAUUGGAAUCAUAUUUGUUUGCAUUGUUUAAUGAAAAUUUGAAGAAUGGACCAACAUCAGAAAGGAAUUAUGGUUUGUUUGAGCAUGAUGAAAGUAUGACAUAUAAUGUUGGGUUGUCUUCUUUUGCAAAGUCAUCAAAUCCAUCUACUUCAAUUUCUCUUACCUCCUCUGCCACUAGGACAAAGGCUGCCCAAAAGGAAAAACAAAGCAUGUUCUACUGGAUGUUUGUGUAUUUGCUGAUUUCAUCACUUUGUGCCUUUCUUUAAGAAGACUAUUAUAACACUGUGGAGUGAUUCAUGUGUACAUAUUACAACAAAAAAAAUAAAAAUUAUCUUCAAAUUGCAAAAUAAAGACCCCCUUAAAGUAUAUUAUCAAUAUAUUUAAAGGUACCCUAUAUUUUGCAGAAAAUAAAGACUAACACACUUUCCAAUUGAUGGGGGCAACAAAAUCAAAAUCAGAGGGUACUACGAAGAGACAUAGCAAUUCAAUGAAGAUUUUACUUACUACCUUUCUUAAUUUGAUCGUGUGGCUAUUUACUUUAACAUGUCACUUUAGCAACAUGCAUGUGGUUGUGACGUUAGAUUGUGCUUAUUUUUUGGUAGAUAAGGACCAAAUGCCACCUCAUUCUUUUAUUGUUCUAGACUUCUAGUAGAAGAAUGUUUCUAUUUUAAUUUUAUUUAAUUUAAUUGUCCAAAAGGGAAUGUGUUGUAUUGUAUUGUAUAUUGUUGAUUUUUGUAGAAUUUAUUUCAUAUAUAUAGUAAAAAUAAUUAAGUUGUUGGCUGUGGAUAAAGUAUGAGGUUAGACAUUAUAUCUUAUUGGAUGUUAUGAAAAGCCCCUCUUUUAUGGGACGUGGAAUCCAUUAAUUAUUAAUUUUUGUGUGUAUAUUAUUACUCUAGCUUCUUCUUUUUUCCCUUUCUCAACUUGACUAUAUUUUAGUAUAGCAGAAAGUUCAAUUAAAAUGUGUAUAUAAUGAAAAUGUAAUUAAUUAAAGUGUACAAAGUUAAGACUUUGUUUGUUUC